AUGGAGAUCCACUCAGAGCUGACACCUGGGGAACUGAAGCUCAUCCUCCCUACGCGUAAGAUUGUCCCCCAUUGUUACUUACUGAAACCUGACCACACAGUGUUCAUCACUGGACUAGAGAGGAUUGACUAUGUAGAGGGAAACCAGGAUGUAAUGUUGGUGAUUUUCAUCAGCUCUAAGCUUCCUGUGUAUGUGAUGCCUAGUCAUGAAGCAGAAGAGUUCUACAAUAACAUCAUUGGGACAGAUGUACUGGGGAUAGGUAUCUCAGAUUCGGAAUCAAAACUGGGAAUCAGGAAUUUAUCAAUGGUAUUUUAA